UUUUCUACUGUUUUUGGAGAAGAUCAGUGAGAGGUUCACAAUGACGGAACCAGCGACUACUGAGAAAGAGAAGGAAAAACAGGUUCCUGCUAGCCUGAGUGGGCGACGAGCCAUCCCCCCCAAUGUGUCCAACGCAGAAGAAGAUGAAAUCCCUACCAUGGAGUUGACUGGUUUGAUGCCAAGAGGAGUUAAUCUGCAAGAUUUUCUGGAAGUCCAGGAAGUUCAUUUAUUCAGCCGGGAACAUGAAGUGAAUAAACGGGAUCACCACACAGAGAAAUACAACAACUUGAAACUGAUUGUACGCCGAGGACAGCCUUUCCAUAUCCAGAUUGAUUUCAACCGCCCGUACAACCCACAAGUGGACCAAUUCUGGAUCGAGUAUGUCAUAGGGCGCUAUCCCCAACCAAACAAAGGCACGUACAUUCGUCUUCCUUUGGUAAAAGAACUGCAAAAGGGGGAAUGGGGAGCAAAGAUCACCCAGAAUGAAAACAACUCUGUCAGCUUGGCCAUCUUGUCAGCACCAAACUGCAUUGUGGGAAAGUUCCGCAUGUAUGUCGCUGUCUUGACUCCAUAUGGCAUUCUUAGGACAAGACGGAAUCCAGACACAGAUACAUACAUAGUUUUCAACCCCUGGUGUGCAGAGGAUGUUGUGUUUCUCGAUGACGAGCAGGAACGACAGGAGUAUGUCCUGAAUGACCUUGGAAUUAUUUUCUAUGGAGACCCUGACAAUAUAAGAUCCAGGAGCUGGAAUUAUGGUCAGUUUGAAGAGGGUGUUUUGGAUGCUUGCCUGUACCUGAUGGACCGAGCAAAACUGGAUUUGUCUGGCCGAGGAGAUCCUGUCAAAAUCAGCCGGGUUGGCUCUGCAGUGAUCAAUUCUCAAGAUGACCAGGGUGUGCUUGUAGGUUCUUGGAGCAGUGUUUAUGAUUAUGGAGUCCCACCAUCAGCCUGGACUGGAAGUGUAGACAUUCUGCUGGAGUAUUACAGUUCUAAAGAGUCUGUGCGAUACGGCCAGUGCUGGGUCUUUGCCGGAGUCUUCAACACUUUUUUGAGAUGCAUAGGAAUUCCUGCAAGAGUCAUCACUAACUAUUCCUCAGCCCAUGACAAUAAUGCCAACCUACAGCUAGAUAUUUUUUUAGAUGAAGAUUCAAAGGUGCACAAUAAACUCACAAAAGAUUCAAUCUGGAAUUACCACUGCUGGAAUGAGGCUUGGAUGACCAGACCUAACCUUCCUAUCGGAUUUGGAGGAUGGCAGGCUGUGGACAGCACUCCCCAAGAAAACAGCGACGGCAUGUACCGGUGUGGUCCUGCUUCAGUUCAAGCCAUCAAGCAUGGGCAUGUCUGCUUCCCAUUUGAUUCUCCUUUCAUUUUUGCAGAGGUUAACAGUGAUGUUGUCUACUCAAAAGUUAUGAAAAAUGGGACAACGGAAGUUAAAUAUAUUGACAAGACCCACGUUGGGAAAUUAAUCCUGACCAAGGCAGUGGGCAUGGAUGAAAAAAGGGAUAUCACCGAGAGUUACAAAUUCCAAGAAGGUACAGAGGAAGAAAGGCUGGCCCUUGACACUGCCCUGAUGUAUGGUGUUAAAAGGAAGGAUACCCAGGAUGUCUUACCCAGCGCGGAGGUUGACAUGGACUUCCAAGUGGAAGAUUCGACAAUUGGCAGCGACUUCAAAGUCAGCGUUACUUUCAAAAAUAACACCCAGAACCGCUACACCAUGAAGUCGUAUCUUUCUGGAAACAUUGUGUUUUAUACUGGAGUCUCCAAGACAGAGUUCAAGAACCACAGUUUUGAUGUGACGCUGGAGCCCGCGAAAACUCAAACAACCGAGGUGCUAAUCAAGGCCAACGAGUACAUGAGCCGGCUGUUGGAACAAGCCUCCCUGCAUUUCUUCAUCACAGCCCGUGUCAACGAAACGCAGAAGAUCCUGGCCAAGCAGAAGAGCGCCACACUAAAAAUUCCCCAAUUGCUCCUUAAGGUUGCUGGUGAGAAGGUAGUUGGCAAGGAAAUGACAGUGACUGUGGAAUUCAUCAACCCGCUGAAUCGGGAACUAACAGACAUCUUGGUACGACUUGAUGGGCCUGGGAUACUGAGCCCCACCUCAAGGAAGUUUGGAAAGCUCUCAAGGAAUUCACCCUUGAUCUGGGAAGUGCAAUGUAUUCCAAAGCGGGACGGCCUCCGAAAGCUGAUUGCAAGCUUGAAUUGCAAUGCCAUACGGCACGUCUAUGGCGAACUGGACAUUUAUAUUCAAAGUGCUGCGUAAAGAGAUUUUCUUCCCUGUUCCUUCAUUUUUUUUCCUCCCCAGUAUUUCAGAAAUUUCAUUACAAAAGGGUAUUCUUCUAAGGGUAUGUGUUCAUUUUCUACAUACAUGCCUGUUUUUGCUUCUUUUUCGGAAGCUGUCCCAUAGUGUUUUCAAACCACCCUCUUAAACCUUCAAAAUUAGUCAAAUAAAGCAUAGAAUAAUACUCUGGGAAAUUUUCUUGCACAAGCCCUUGUAGAAGAAAAACACUUCCAGAAUACAAGAAAGCAGGGCUUUUUUUUGAGCAGGAAUUCCUUUGCAUAUUAGGUCACAUACCCCUGAUGUAGCCAAUCCUCCAAGAGCUUACAGGGCUCUUCUUACAGGGCCUACUGUAACCUCUUGGAGGAUUGGCUACAUCAGGGGGGUGCAGCAUAAUGUGCGAAGGAGUUCCUGCUACGAAAAAAAGCCCUGCAAGAAAGCAAUUUGUGCUGCCCAUUAGGCUCCUGCAAGAGAACUUCUUCAGGUAGGGUUGCCAACCUCCAGGUGGGGCCUGAAGAACUCAAAGUAUUACAAGUGAUCUCCAGACAGCAGAGACCAGUUCACCUGGAGGAAAUGGCUCAUUUGAAGAGCGGACUCGAGCUCCCUCCCUUCCCAAACCCUGCCUUUCUCAGGCCCCAUUUCCAAAGUCUCUAGGUAUUUUUUAAACCAGAUUUGGCAACUCUAUCUCAGGAUAUUGUGACUGUAUUUUGGAGUCUUCUUUGCUUGAAAUCUCCUGUUGAUCUAGUAUUGAACUGGCUAAUCGUAUCCAAUCAAGGAAAAUGAUGUGCAUCCAAUCAACAAAAUGUUUAAGGAGCAGCAAAGGACCAAAUCAGUCUGAUGUCAUUGUAGGCCACAUUGUUUCUUCUUGCUUAUAUGUAUCGAUGACCUAUUGCAUUAUAGUGAAGACAAAUAUCAAGAGUACCAGUCUUUGAAGUACUCUGAACUUUAGUUUUAAUCAAGGCUUGAUAUUUCAUAAAGUUUUUUAAAAAAAAAGCUAUGACAGAAAGCUCCAACUGCAAUAAAUGAAAUGUUUCAAAGAAUGAA